UUAAAAGCACAAAAAAUAAACAUCAACAAACUAUGUUCAAUAUCGUCGUGUUGUCAUAGCGCAUGUAGUGAAAUCUUAUCGACUAACGCAUCGGGAAACCUAUCGAGACCGGACAAAAAUCGUGCAAAUUUGUUGCUGGAAUAUCAUAUUGAUUUUGUUAAUAGAUUUUUUUACAAGCAAAGACCAUUUGCUACUUUGGCCGCAAAAAUGAAAAAAGAUAAGCAGAAAAAUAAUGGCCCCAUCGGGGAUAGCAAAACCGCAAUCGCCGAACUUGAUCCAUGGCCAGCAUAUAUUGAGGAACGCAAUGCUUUAUGGGAAACGUGUAAGGAAAAAUAUUUAUCUGAACUAGCCGCCAAGCCACGAAAUCCUAUAAAAAUUACUUUACCUGAUGGGAAAGAAAUAGAUGGUAUUUCUUGGGAGACUACACCCUAUGACGUGGCUAAGGGAAUUAGUCAGGGCUUGGCUGAUAAUACCGUUAUAGCAAAAAUUAAUGGCAGCGUUUGGGAUUUAGAUCGGGUAUUGGAGGGCGAUUGCACCCUGCAACUAUUAAAGUUUGAUGAUCCUGACGCUCAAGCCGUUUUUUGGCAUAGCUCAGCUCAUAUUAUGGGCGAAGCAAUGGAACGUAUUUAUGGUGGUCAUUUAUGCUACGGUCCACCAAUAGCUGAUGGUUUUUAUUAUGACAUGUAUCUGGAGGGAGAAGGCAUUUCCACCAACGAUUAUCCAGUUAUGGAAUCUUUGGUUAAACAAAUUGUUAAAGAGAAACAACCGUUUGAGCGUUUGGAAAUGAAGAAAGAAGAUCUCUUAGAAAUGUUUAAAUAUAACGAAUUCAAGUGUCGGAUUUUAAAUGAGAAAGUUAACACCGAUACUACAACCGUUUAUAAAUGUGGUCCAUUAAUUGAUUUAUGCCGUGGACCUCACGUACGUCAUACUGGUAAAGUGAAGGCUUUGAAAAUUACCAAAAAUUCCUCCACUUAUUGGGAAGGAAAAGCUGACGCUGAGACUUUGCAGCGCGUCUAUGGCAUUUCUUUUCCUGAUUCCAAGCAACUAAAAGAAUGGGAAAAACUGCAAGAAGAGGCAGCCAAACGUGAUCAUCGAAAAAUUGGACGUGAACAAGAACUAUUUUUCUUUCACGAAUUAUCACCUGGAUCAUGCUUUUUUCAACCCAGAGGAGCGCACAUCUAUAAUACUUUAAUGAAUUUUAUUAAAUCCGAAUAUCGGAAAAGAGGCUUUCAGGAGGUUAUUUCACCAAACAUUUAUAACUCGAAAUUGUGGGUUACAUCUGGCCACUGGCAACAUUAUGCCGAGAACAUGUUCUCUUUUGAAGCAGAAAAGGAAACAUUCGCCUUAAAGCCCAUGAAUUGCCCUGGUCAUUGCCUAAUGUUUGAUAAUCGUAACCGUUCUUGGCGUGAAUUACCUUUGCGUAUGGCAGACUUUGGCGUAUUGCAUCGCAAUGAAUUAUCAGGAGCCCUGACUGGUCUUACACGAGUGCGCCGGUUCCAGCAAGAUGAUGCCCACAUAUUUUGCGCUCCUGAUCAAAUUAAAAGUGAAAUGAAGGGUUGUUUAGACUUUUUACGUCAUGUAUACACUAUUUUCGGUUUCUCGUUCAAUUUGGUUCUCUCUACACGUCCGGAAAAGUAUUUAGGCGAACUGGAACAGUGGAAUGCCGCUGAGAAGGCUUUGGCAGAAUCUCUCGAUGAAUUCGGUUUACCUUGGAAAGAGAAUCCUGGUGAUGGAGCUUUUUAUGGACCGAAAAUCGAUAUUACUAUAAUGGAUGCUUUGAAAAGAGCUCAUCAGUGCGCCACUAUUCAAUUAGAUUUUCAGCUGCCUAUACGUUUCAAUUUGCAUUAUGUUGCCGAUGACGGUGAAAAGAAACGACCUGUAAUUAUACAUCGAGCUAUUUUAGGUUCGGUCGAGCGAAUGAUUGCCAUUCUGACAGAGAACUACGCUGGCAAAUGGCCUUUCUGGCUUUCGCCUCGACAAGUUAUGGUUGUACCAGUUGGUCCGCAUUUCGAUGAAUAUGCUCAAUCUGUACGCGAUCAAUUGCAUUGCGCUGGUUUUAUGGUCGAGGCCGACCUUGACGCCGGCGAUACAAUGAACAAAAAAAUACGCAAUGCCCAGUUGGCUCAAUUCAAUUUCAUUUUAGUUGUCGGCGAAAAGGAACGGUCUUCUGGCACAGUUAAUGUUCGUACCCGCGACAACAAAGUGCAUGGUGAAGUCUCUAUUCAGGAUCUUAUUGCAAAAUUACAAAAAAUUAAAGAUGAAUUCAUUACAAACGAGGACAGCUUUUAAAUUUUUAUAAUUUGAUAAGGAACAAAAUAGUGCGCCUUUCAGCUAAAUAAAUUUAUAUAA